AUGUUGUCAGAGAAGGAUCGGGCCAUCUUGUACGAGUCAGUGGAGCUUCUCGUACACGAUUUUGAUCCAGAGGAUUCUAUUAUUUUUCUCGAAGUUCAUGAUAUACUAACACGAUCCCAAUGUGAAAAAAUUGAAAAACAACCUUCCAGACUAGAAAAACUUCGUGAGCUGUUAAGAGCUUAUUCCCGAAGAGCUGAAAGUCUGUUACCUUUGAUUCAAUACUUCGAUUACAACCUCCAGUUUCACUUGUGUGAUUUUCUUAACGAGAAAUUGAAAGCGGCGAAAGAGGUAGAAAACAAUAGGCAUUUUCCGGAUGUUCCAAAUCCAAAAGCCGUCGUUCCUCUCAAAAAAGAGAAGAGAUUAAGCCUAUUACUAGACGGCCAGGUACCAGCUAUUCGUAACGCAUGCGUUAGAGAAGGAAUUACUAAACAGAUUGCUGAUGCGCUCCGAUCGAACUCAAAGCUAGAUAGUUCAUUCACAGUACUUCAUGGAAUGGCCGGCAUAGGAAAAACAUACGCAGCUGCACAAACUUUGAUGGAUGAUCCUUAUUUGAUAGGAGUGAAUUUUCAUCAUGUAUACUAUCUAGACGACUCUCGCGUAACCCCUAAUCAAAUUAAACAUUUGAUGACUGAUCUUCUGCUAAUGCUCAGUGAUCAAGUCGUUUUCAAUCUGCCGCAUGUUAAGGAUUUGUCUACUGUAGCUCUCAUGAAAUUGUUAAGAGAAGCUCUGAUAGAUAAACCCUACACAUUAGUUUUCGUCGAUGAUGUUAGGUCUGCUGAGACGGUUCGCUGGCUGGAUCAGUUAGGCCUGAACGUGUUGGCAACUGCUAGGAAUAUAGAAAUUUUCGAUUCCGUCAGCUCCCACAUUUCGAUCAUUCCUCUCCAAGGCUUCAAAAACAAUGAAGUAGCGACGUAUCUCGACAAAUUCCUCACACUUUAUAGAUUGGAGAUGGUUCAGUUAUUGAGCCAAUCAAAACUUAAUGUAGAACAACUUCAGAAUAGUGAUGCGUUUGUUCGGUUAGCGGCUGAUUUCAGCUCGGGAAACCCAGCUGUUCUCUCCAAACUAGUAAAACUCUCGAAUGGAAGUUGCGAGAGAUUCAAAGACUAUUGUGCGAUGAUGCUGAAAAACAGCUUGAAGUGUUUGAAUUGUAUCACAACCUAUAGAUUCAAUGACAUAGAGGAUGCGAUUCAUGCUUCUAUAGUGCUAUUAGAAGAUUACGAGAAAGAUAUCAUUAUGCGUACUGCUUCUUUGAAAUUUGAUGUUCCUAUCCCACUUACGGAAUGGUGCGAUGUUGUUCCUGUGGAGCUCUGUAGACGAACAAGUGAAAUCAGAGAAGUGUACGACAGAUUAUCUCGUAUCCAUAAGAAAACAUUUUUACUGGAUGAGUCUGAUGAUCACUCAUAUUUUACGGUGAAACGACUGACUUUUCUCUAUGCGACCUCGAUGCUCAACAACAAUGAUCAGCAAUAA